GAUAGAGGGGCCCUUGAGGCCCCCCAAGCCUAGACUGGGGACAUGGUGUGGGAAAGGCAGCGGGGACGGGGGCCUGGGGCCUGGGCAGCCGAGGGGCCUGGAGAGAUGAGGGCAGGAGCAGGGAGGGGCCAGUCAGGAUGGUGAAGCGCAGCUGCCCUUCUUGUGGCCUGGAGGCUGGGAGUGAAAAGAAGGAAAGAGGGAACCCUAUUUCUGUUCAGUUGUUCCCCCCAGAGCUGGUGGAACACAUUGUCUCCUUCCUCCCAGUCAAAGACUUGGUCGCCCUAGGCCAGACCUGCCACUACUUCCAUGAAGUGUGUGAUGCUGAGGGCGUGUGGAGGCGCAUCUGUCGAAGGCUCAGCCCUCGAAUCCGUGACCAGAGUUCUGGUGCCCGGCCCUGGAAGAGAGCUGCCAUUCUUAACUAUACAAAGGGCCUGUAUUUCCAGGCAUUCGGAGGACGCCGCCGAUGUCUCAGCAAGAGUGUGGCCCCCAUGCUAGCCCAUGGCUACCGCCGCUUCUUACCCACAAAGGACCACGUGUUCAUUCUUGACUACGUGGGGACCCUCUUCUUCCUCAAAAAUGCUCUGGUCUCCUCCACCCUCGGCCAGAUCCAGUGGAAGCGGGCCUGCCGCUACGUGGUGUUGUGUCGAGGCGCCAAGGAUUUUGCGUCCGACCCAAGAUGUGACACGGUUUACCGGAAGUACCUCUAUGUUUUGGCUACUCGGGAACAGCCGGCAGUGGUGGGCACCACCGGUAGCCGCGCCUGUGACUGUGUGGAGGUCUAUCUGCAGUCCAGUGGGCAGCGGGUCUUCAAGAUGACAUUCCACCACUCCAUGAGCUUCAAGCAGAUCGUGCUGGUUGGCCAGGAGACCCAGCGGGCCCUACUGCUCCUCACAGAGGAAGGAAAGAUCUACUCCUUGGUUGUGAAUGAGACCCAGCUGGACCAGCCACGCUCCUAUACAGUGCAGUUAGCCCUCAGGAAGGUGUCUCGAUGCCUGCCUCACCUGCGUGUGACCUGCAUGGCUUCCAACCAGAGCAGUACCCUCUAUAUCACGGGUGGGACUUUAAUCCCUAGGAAACAGGUGCCUAAAGCUGCCGAGCUGAGGGCUCCUGACCCCCCAGACCAGGGGGGAGUGUAUUUUGAGGUGCAUACCCCCGGGGUGUAUCGUGAUCUCUUUGGGACCCUUCAAGCCUUUGACCCCCUGGACCACCAGAUGCCACUGGCUCUCUCCUUGCCUGCCAAGGUCCUCUUCUGUGCUCUUGGCUAUAAUCAUCUUGGCCUGGUAGAUGAAUUUGGCCGGAUCUUUAUGCAGGGAAAUAACAGAUACGGGCAGCUGGGAACUGGAGACAAAAUGGACCGAGGGGAGCCCACACAGGUUCACUAUCUGCAACGCCCCAUCGCCCUGUGGUGUGGCCUCAACCAUUCCUUGGUGCUGAGUCAGACCUCGGAUUUCAGCAAGGAGCUGCUGGGGUGCGGCUGUGGGGCCGGAGGCCGUCUUCCUGGCUGGCCCAAGGGGAGCGCCUCCUUCGUCAAGCUGCACAUCAAGGUCCCUUUGUGUGCCUGCUCCCUCUGCUCCACCAGAGAGUGUCUCUAUAUGCUGUCCAGCCACGACAUCGAACAGUGCCCUGUCUAUCGAGACCUGCCAGCCAGCAGGGUGGGGGGGAGCCCUGAACCUAGCCAGGGGGCUGGAGCCCCCCAAGACCCUGGGGGAACAGCCCAGGCCUGUGAGGAGUACCUCAGCCAGAUCCACAGUUGCCCCACGUUGCAGGACCGAAUGGAGAAGAUGAAGGAGAUUGUGGGCUGGAUGCCCUUGAUGGCUGCCCAGAAAGAUUUCUUCUGGGAGGCACUGGACAUGUUGCAGAGGGCUGCUGGAGGGGCUGGCCCAGACACCUCGACUCCCGAGAGCUGAACCCCUCUUCUUAGCCUUUCCUCCUGAAGGAAGUCGAGCCGUGGGCUAGAGCUGAGAAGAGAUGGAGUGUCAGAGAACACUGUGUGUACAUGGGUGGGGGGUGGGGGUGGGGCUGUGGGGAGCAGUGCUGCGUAUUCGAGGGGAGAGGAGGGACCUCUUUUAUAAAUGUGCAGGGGCCUGCCCUGGAGGAGCCCCUAACCUGACUAUCAUGAGCGAGAAAUUUGAUGGACAGUAGAAUAAAAGGCUAAAGCC